AUGGUUACAAAAGGGGAAAAGCAAGAACCAUGCUUUAUUUGUGGAGGGACAGAUCAUCAACCACAAGAGUUCCCUAAUCUUAGUAUGUUGAGGGGAGGAGAUGAGGAACAAUGUAAUGCCUUAGGGGAUUACAAGAAGCCUUAUAAUGCCUACUCCAACACAUACAAUCCUGGUUGGCGUAACCAUCCAAAUUUCAGUUGGAAGGAUACAAGUCAAAAUCAAGCAUCUGGGAGCCAAUGGAAACCUGAUCAACAAAAUAAUUCUCUUGAGAAUUCCAUGAAAAUUCUCACAGACUCUCAACUAGAGUUCAGGACUUAUUUUGCUCAGGUGAUAAAGGAAUUGAAGGACAUAAAGAUUCAAUUAAAAAAGUUAAAUGAUUCUUCAGCCAUUCAAGAGCGUGGUAAGCUUCCCGCUCAGCCUCUAAUCACUCCCAAAGGGCAACAUAUGGCACAAACCUCCACUUCUUCAGAGUCUAAUCUAAAAGGGGUUAAUGCCAUUACUACUCGAAGUGGUCAAAGUACAGUAUCACCAUUACCUAAGACCACUAGUGUACCAAUGCCUACUCCAAAUGCUAAUAUGCCACAGAACCCUCCAGUGAAGGUGCCCUUCCCUCUGGCUUUGAAAUCUACUAGGAAGGUACUGAAAAAUCAUGGUGAAAUCCUAGAAAAUUUAAAACAAGUGAAGAUCAACCUGCCUCUCUUGCAUGUGAUCAAACAAGUACCAGCAUAUGCUAAGGUCAUCAAGGAUUUAUGCACCAUGAAAAGAAAACACCAUGUCAAGAAAACUGCAUUCUUGACAGAACAAGUAAGUGCGGUGAUUGAAAAAAAGAUACCGAUCAAAUACAAAGAUCCAGGUUGUCCUACAAUCGCUUGCCAAAUUGGGACACAAGGAUUUGGUCAAGCCCUCCUAGACUUAGGCGCAAGUGUUAAUCUUAUGCCUUAUUCAAUUUACUUGCAACUAGGCCUAGGAGAAAUCAAGCUCACAUCUGUGGUGCUGCAAUAG